GUCGUCACAGCCAAUGGGCCGGCUGUCCUCUCUCCUCGAAAACAUGUCGCCCAUGAAGUUGUGUGUUCCAGGUGACAAACUCUGCAGUGCAGACGACUGUAUUCCAGGUACAGGGGUGUAUCAUCGACACGGCUACAUAUACUCGUCCCUUGCAGGCUAUGUGCUGAGGAAAAACGAAGGCGAGGAGUUACCGGUGAUCUCAGUGGUGAGAGAAACGGAAGCGCAGCUACUGCCAGAUGUUGGAGCAAUAGUCACAUGUAAGGUUACGAGCAUCAAUCCCAGGUUUGCCAAAGUCCACAUCCUUUAUGUCGGCUCCACGCCACUAAAGGACCGAUUUAGAGGGACAAUCAGAAAAGAAGAUGUGCGCGCAACAGAGAAAGACAAGGUGGAGGUGUACAAAAGCUUCAGACCUGGCGACAUUGUUUUGUCAAAAGUUAUUUCUCUCGGGGAUGUUCAGUCUAACUACCUGCUGACAACGGCGGAGAAUGAACUGGGGGUGGUGGUGGCACACAGUGAAGCGGGUGCCCAGAUGGUCCCUGUCAGCUGGUGUGAGAUGCAGUGCCCCCGGACACACAGCAAAGAGUUCAGGAAGGUGGCGCGGGUGCAGCCCGACUAUCUACAAGCCUGAGAGCCUCGAAACUCCCCUCCGCGUCCAGGAACACACAACUUCUGCUUUUGACAUCAAGUAGCCGUUUUGCGGGUGACAUGCGAUCCAUUGGCUACUUCUAGUUUCAUGUCUUUCAUGUGCUUUGGUAAAAGCUGUCCAUCUGCACAGUUUGUCAUCCUUUCCUUUUGGUGGGUUGAAAAGAGACUGCAAACGUUUUGAGGCUGUAUUCUUAAUAUAGCGACAGCUUUUUUUUUUCUCCAUCCCUCUUCAUUUGACAUAAGUGUGGAGCUGUCACAAGACUAGCAGCAUUGCCUUCAAAUAUCCUGACGAAAACCUGGAUAGAGCCGUAUCAGUUCACGUAGAAUGUUACACUUUGAGUUUAAUUAGAUUUAAUGACGUCUGCAUUUGCAGCCAGUGAAGAAAGGUUGCAGGAUUGAGUUGUUAGAGUAUUAUAGCCUCACGUAACACGGCAGAGCAUCAGGUUGCUUUAAGGAAGGAGCGUUUCCGCCUCAGAUGUUUUUAUUUUGUUUAUUUGUUUUCUGAUGGAAGAUGAGUGUAUAUGAAGAAGCAAAUGACAAAAAUACAAUAGCUUCCGUAGAAGGUUGGGAACAUUGAUGAAAUGUUUUUAAAUUCUUCAGUUGAUGAUUUUAAGUUUUGAGAGACCAAUAAAUGUUGUGGAUUUACAAUCUGAUGGGGACAGAGUCGCUGUAUAGUUUGUCCAGAAGGCUGUGGUAAGUUUAGCACAUUUUGUCAGGAUCUUCACAACGGUGUAAUUUUUCCAAACAAAGGUCGCCUGAAACUACAUACCUUUGCCAAGCCUGAGUAAAAAGAGGAUAAUAUGGAUCCAGAUUGAUUACUUCUCAGGUCUGUCAUUCUAAAAAUUGCGUAAAAUGUUCCUGCAAAUCCGUCCAUAACUAAGGAGUCGUCUUUGAAGAAAAAAGCAAAUUAAAAUCAAACUAAACCAACCACACAACCUCAUUCGAAAAUUGUUAAUUCCUCUGCUGCAUCUUCCAGUUAGGAACAAAUUUAUAAAAUGAAAACUUGGAGAAUUAAAAAUAAAAAUCUGAAUUGGUUGGACUAACCCCUGUAACCACAGUUGGUGCGGAUAUUAAAGUCCGAUGCUCUUUUAAAGUAUUUUGAGUAUUAAGCGAGGGUGGCAACGGGUCAGUACCUGGAAAUACUCCAGCAGAACUGCACCCUUUGCAAAACUUCAUUUGUGCAGCUGAGCUGUUUUACUGGGUUUUACACAGAAAGCUGCUAUAAACUUCAUUUCUUCUGAGAGCAUUUUCACCCCACCUCAUGAGGCUCACAAAAGAGCAGUAUUAGAGCCUCAUGCUGAAUCAGAUUUCAACUAAACCACGGUGGACGGAAUAUUGAAGUAGAACAAAUGAUAGUCAAUAACAUCCUUUCCCACAUAUCACUGUUUACGAGCCAAUAGCAGGGAAAGUAUAAUGGUUGUUUUUGUUGACAUGAACUUUUACUUUUCCUCUCUUAAUGCAAAUAGGCAAGAAUGAAAUUAAAUGUCUAUGAAAACCAAA